AUGGCGAGUCGCUCUGCUGAUGAGAAUCUCCAUUUCGAGAGUGAUACAAUCAACUUUCAGGAUAUUCUUGAGCUAUUAAAACGACCAGAACAUGACUACAGCUGGAGUACGGGUAUUAAAGAAAGCCAUCUAGAAGAUCUUCACUUGGAAAUGGUUCACUCUGGAGCAUUUUUCAGUUUUUACAACUUGUACAACAGAAAACAGGUGCAAACAGAUCAUGAGGUGAUGAUUAAGGUAGUUAAGCCAUUCCCACAGUGGUUUGGUAACAAAGAAAGAUCAUUGCGACUAUCCUAUGAACAGAGAGUUUUACAGAAGCUAGAAGAAUUCUGCCCAACUAACAAAGCUAUCAAGAUACACCUUUUUGUACCAGGAAAUUCUUUUGCCUUCAUUGAAAACCUGAAGGGUUAUCGUACACUUGAUGACCAUUUGCUAAGUAAAGAUUUCUCUGAAGACUUGGCAAAGGCAAUUAUAAACAAUCUGAUUCACAUACACAAAGCCACUUUCUUUGCUACUUCCAACAGUAAUUGCCUUGAAGAUCUUGAAGCCCAACUUCAGGACUGUGGAUUUCCUGGAAUAAUUGAAAAAAUGACUUUUAUCUGUUCAUUUGAAAAGGAUAAUCCCACCAAGUGCAAAGAUGAGUCGUUAGAAAAAGUCCUGCUUCAAAUAUACAACAAUUCUACUCUACUAUCAUCAGUUGCUGAUUUAAAGAAUUCUUUCCACACCAAUAAGGAAUGUUUGAUACAUGGCAAUCUGCAAACGGAUUCCAUUUUGUGUAGCUUAAAUGGAGACAUUAAAUUUGCUGGUUUUGAAUUUGCCCAUGUUGGUUCCUGUGCCUUUGACAUGGCUUGUAUCCUUGUCAAUUACCUUGUUGCAUUUUAUCAUUUCUUGGAGCCAUCUGAACAUAGUGACCAGAAUCAUCAGUUUGCUCAGAGUAUGAUAGAAUACAUGAAAAUUUCAGGCAGUUUCAGACUGAAUUUUCUUUUGUUUUUGUUUGGCAGACAAUUGUACAUUGAAAAGAUGCACUUUCGGAAUGAUCAAGUUAAGAAGUUUUGGUCAGAAGUUGCAGGCUUUGCAGGCUGUGUUAUCAUUAGACGAGUCCUAUUACCUUUACCUGAGGACAUUCUUCAUACUGAUAAGUUUUCCAAAGCCGAUGUCCUGGAAGCUGGGAUACGUCUUCUCAAAAACAACACAUUUCUUUUUUCAUCCUUAUGUUCUUUAAUUUUUCUUCCAUUCUUCACUCUUUUCCUUCCAUUUAGCAUUUUUCUCUUUUUCUUUUCAUUCCCCACUCUCCUGUAG